AUGAGUAGCUAUCCUUCUGCCCCUAACAACUACAUCUCCGCCUCUAGGGUAACGAACGCUCUCUCGUCGUCGAAGAGCAGUUCCGCGUCUACGUUGGCCACUUCUGUCUCAUCAUCCGUUCCCGCGGUCUCUGUCUCAUCCUCAUUUUCGGCCAUUCCUGUCUCAUCAUCAAUCUCGGCCACAACCGUCGCAGCCUCUGCUUCGACCGGACUAUCAUGCCCCUCUUCGAAUUUUACAACUUUUGUAGACACUCAGGGAACCAAUUGGCAGAUCCUGUCAANNCAAUGGGAAGGCGAUCCAGAUACUGUGGGAGGUAACUAUGACGACCUUGGUUUUACCAGCGAUCUACUCGAUUACAUGUCGAGCAACUACUGUAUCGACACAAGCCGCAUGCUAGCUGCUGGAUUCUCCAAUGGUGGAGGAUUUGUUGGAACUCUUGCUUGCGACCCAACACUUUCCACCCGCUUCAGCACCUUCGCAGCAAAUUCAGGUGCAGAGUACACCAACACGACAGGCACCUGUAACCCUCCCUCUGUACUCACCAACACAAUCGUACAGCCAGUCUGCUCACCUGGCAGAUCAGAUCUACCAAUGCUCGAGUUCCAUGGCGAUGCAGACGGCACGAUCCCGUACCCCGGUGGACCCAGACGAGGUUAUUGUCUGCCAACAGUACCACAUUGGGUCACUGAUUGGGCUCUCAGAGACGGACUAUCGAGCUCGAAUGUCACUACAUCCCUGGCCGGUGGCAAUGUCACCAAGUACGAGUUUGGCGCUUCGCAGGGCGUGCAGGGGUUGGUGACUCAUUACAAGGUCGCUGGAUGGGGUCACGCUUGGGUCAGCAUCAGAGCUGGAGCACCGAUUGACGCUACGCCGAUUGUGAUGGAUUUCUUCUAUGCUCAUUCUGGAUAG